GGGGCCGGGGGAAGGAGGGGGGCCUUAUGAAACAGAGCCUGGCGGAAAUGACUUGUCACAAAGCAAACGCCGCCGUGUGAGGCCCUCCUCCCUCCGCUGUGUCUGCUCGGCUAACCACUGUGAGUGCGAUAACAUGGUUGUGUGGUCCUUCCAUCUCCCAUGGCUAUGUUGAUGAAAAAUAAAAAAUCGUUUGCCUUCUCAAACCAGCAGAGCUCCAGAAUGUGCUUCAAUGGGAGGGAUCUCAGAAACAUGGCCACCAACUGUACAGAGAUAUCCUGGCCGGUCCCCAUGAGGGCUAUCGGGGCCCAGAACCUGCUGACCAUGCCAGGGGGGGUGUCCAAGUCUGGGUACCUACACAAGAAAGGGGGGAGCCAGUUCAGCCUCCUGAAAUGGCCGCUGCGAUUCAUCAUCAUUCACAAGGGCUGCUUGUACUACUUCAAGAGCAGUACCUCCCCCUCGCCACAGGGGGCGUUCUCUCUCAUGGGCUACAACAGGGUGAUGAGGGCAGCGGAGGAAACAACCUCCAGCAACGUCUUCCCUUUCAAGAUCGUCCACGUCAGCAAGAAACACCGCACAUGGUACUUCUCUGCAGCCAGUGAGGAGGAGAGGAAGAAUUGGAUGCUUCGUCUGAGGCAAGAAAUCGACUACUACCACGACAGGAAGGAGUCACAAGUUGAGAGUGAUCCCGACUCUGAUGCGGACAGUUUCUAUGGGUCCGUAGAGCGCCCCCUGGACAUCAGAUAUUCUGCCGAUGCGCCUGAGGAGGAUUAUGUUGUUGAUGAUGAUGAAGAUGAUGAAGAAGACUACCUAAAGCCAGAUGGGUCACAGAACUCAGCAGAUCGGCCCGCUGUGCCCCCUCCGUCAUACCCCCCUCCCCCAGUCCCAGUGCAGUCCAUCAAGGCCCACCCAAGACUGGAAAACCCCCCGUUGUUCUCCAAAGGCCCCCCGCCCCUCCCGCCCCCAGCCCCCGCCAAGAACCUUCCAGAACCCGUCCCCAAGAAACCGCCCCCUCCACUGCCCCCCAACAAAGGCCCGCCCCCUACCUUACCUUUCGCCCCCCACUUGGUGAAGCCCCAUGGAGAAACCCAUCCAAGUGCCCAAAAGCCCCAGCCCCCCCGUACCUCCCCCAGCCAAUCUGAAGAAGCCCCACCACCCUGCCUCCACCAUGCCGUCCCGGGGGAGCGGCCCCGCCGUCUCGCUCCCCCGGCCCCCACCACCCUGCCCGUCUGCAAGAAGGGGUCCCCACCCCCUCCCCCUCCCCCCAACCAUCGGACCAAGCCCCAGGUGGCCCUGCCUCCGGCCCCGCCCACAGUUCCGCCCUUCAAACCCCCCAUGCACAGGCCGUCACUGGGGCCCAAGCCCACGCCCAUGUCCCUCCCUCCCACCAAGCCCACACCCAAAGGACCCUCCCUCCAAAGGUCAUGUCCCGACGGGCAAAGUUUCCGAUCCUCGGUGGACGAGAUGCCAACGCACUUACGGACGAAGUCGUCGUGCAGUGACGACUCCAACGAAGACUACGAAAACGUGCAACUGCCAGAUUCUGUGUUCAUCGACACAACUGACACCAGUGACGUUGAAAAGUUAUUUAAAGAAACGGCCAGAUCUCCACAGGAUGGUCUGUACUGCAUCAGGAACUCUGGGACAAAGACAUCGAAGGUCCUAGUGGUGUGGGAUGUCAGCUUAAAGAAGGCCAGGAACUACAGACUGUUUGAGGAGAAUUCCAAAAUCUACCUGGAGGCGGAGAUUACUUUCCCCUCAUUGGCCGCCCUUGUGGAACACUACUACAGCCACGCCCUCCCCAACCACGGCUCCCUGUGUCUGCAGAAGCCCUACGGCUACACCGGCCCCAGGUGA